AUGUCAGGUGGUAGCGGUAGUAAUCGAAACGAAUGCAGAAUAUACGUAGGAAAUCUGCCGCCAGACAUCAGAACAAAGGACAUCCAAGACCUAUUUUAUAAAUUUGGUAAAGUUACGUUUGUUGACUUGAAAAAUAGAAAAGGACCUCCGUUUGCUUUCGUCGAAUUCGAGGAUCCUAGAGAUGCAGAUGAUGCGGUGCGUGCAAGAGAUGGCUAUGACUACGACGGCUACCGUCUUCGCGUCGAGUUCCCCCGAGGUGGUGGGGGCGGUGGGGCCAGGGGUGGGCGUGGUGGCGGCGACCGUUUCGGUGCCAGGCCAGCUGCUAGGGGGCCUCCAGCUAGGCGUUCAGAGUACAGGGUGCUGGUUACUGGCUUACCACCCUCAGGGUCGUGGCAAGAUCUUAAGGACCACAUGCGCGAGGCGGGCGACGUGUGUUUUGCGGACACGUUCAAAGACGGUACUGGCGUUGUGGAGUUCCUUCGUCAUGAAGACAUGAAGUAUGCAGUGAAGAAACUUGACGACUCCAGGUUCAGAAGUCACGAGGGUGAAGUAUCAUACAUCAGAGUAAAGGAAGACUACGGAGGUGGCAGCGGUGAUAGAUAUAGUGGUGAUCGUGACAGUGUUAAAGUACGAAGUGUGUCGACAAUACAGAGGUGCGUCGCACAGGUCCCGUUCCUACUCGCCGCGGCGUCGCGGCUCGCCGACCUACUCGCCCGUGCGACGCAGCUACAGUCGCAGCCGCAGCCGCGAUCACAACUACUAAGCGCUAGCGAGGGGCGGCCGGCGACUGCGGUGUCCGCGGGCAAGUCGAAAGCGGGGACUGCGCCCCGAAUUGCGCUCUGCCAUUUCUAUAACAAUAAGACCACACCCGCUGUAAUAUAUGUUAUUCACCGGUCGUUUUGCAGGCGACGUACACUUGCGCUAACUUUGAUGUCAACGCUCGGCCUCUCGUCAAUAAGCCCUCCGGCCAUGGACGCGCGCACUCAUCGCACAGGAUUCUCGGAUUGUCGGAUCUUAACCAACGGAUACGGAUCUCGGAUAUUCGGAUCGUACCAAAGGAUCUCGCACGGAGGCGGUCUCAAGUUCUGGAACUCGCGGAUU